AUGACAAACAUCGAAAAGAGCAUCAAGGAGUUGGUAACUAAAAGAAACUUAAGGCUGGUUGGCCUUCUAGCACCUCAUCAAGAUAUGAGGGAGUCUACAGUAAGGAGUACUACUGGAGGAGAGAUCCCUGAGCAGCACCAGGAUGUGUCACAGCCCCCGAUAAGGUGGGCAACAGGAGUGACCAUCAGGGAACCUUCUAGCCUCCCACGAGCUGCUGCAAUUCCGACCCAACACGGGAAGGGCAAGCAGAAAAUUCCUGAACACCCUGAGCCCAUACUCGAGUCCUCUAAUGAGAACGUCAUGCCUUUCGACGAUGCAUUUGGUCUGGACAGCCUACCCAAAGCCACUGCUCCUACGAGCAGAAAGAAGGAAAGCAGGCGACAUCCUGGGGAAAGCAGUAGUGAUCCCUCAAAGAAAAGGGCUCAGACUGAGGAUCCUCCUACACCUGUACCUUCCAAGGAAACUACUCCUCCUCCAGCUCUCAUCGACCAGACUCCUCCAUUAGCUCCCAUCGACCCGACUCCUCCACCAACACCCAUCGACCAGACUCCUCCUGAUCAGUCAGGAAAUACUCCAUGA